CUCGAGUAAAGUCGAGACCUGUCAGCAGUUCUGUCUUGGUGAUCGAUCGAACUGAGCGACAACGCCCGACACAACAAAUCUGCGAGUGCUGGUGCCGAGCUUGAGCUUUCCGCUGCUCGCUGGAUUAACUUGCAUCCCCGCAGUGGGUGCAACCGGGGAGGCUACUGGAAACUCGGAUCACAGCUGAGGCGGGAGCCGGUCGCCAGUUGUGAUCCGGGCGUUGCUCUUCCCCAAGACACUGCCUUCUUACAUCCAUUUAUAGCACCCCUAGUUGCAAGGGGGACAAUUCCCGUCUUUUUCUCGCUCGACACAGCCCGACGCCUCAACGUGUGUGGCGACGUGAACAGACGUGAGCAGUCACAAGCAGCGCCUCUCCUUUUCUAUCACACGCCCCCAACAUCCAGGACCGAAAUCAAUUUGAUCAUUUGACACACGACCAACAUUCCCUUUCCUUUCUCUCCCUCCCAUCUUUUGUUCUGGUCGAUGAGAACAUUCCUCCCACUCAUGUUCGCGCCCUCGGCGUUGGGCGCGACCGCCGCCGCCACUGCCGGAUCGAUUUCGCAGGUUGGAGACACGCUCAUUAGUGCUAUGAUGAUGUUCGUGGGCAACGAAGACAAACUGUAUAUUCUAGACAAGGCAGAGGGGAAUGCAGCCCAAGCCGCAGGCCAUCCUGCGUGGGGAUCCGUAAUGGACCUGCACACCUUCCAAACUACCACCAUGCCCGUCAUGACCAACACCUUCUGUAGUUCUGGGGCUCAUCUACCCAAUGGCUCGUACGCGACGUUUGGUGGCAACUCUGCAGUCGGACCUGGAGCUUCUGCCGGGUCGCAGAACGGCCAAUGGGACGCGACUUACAACGAUUUCGAUGGGACCAAGUCCAUUCGAGUGCUUGACCCCUGCACCGCAGCUGACAGCAUGACGGACACCAAAUGCCAAUGGUUUGAUGACCCCGCUCUGUUAAGCAUGCAGGCCCAGCGAUGGUACAGUGCUGCGGAAGCCCUUGCCAAUGGGACUGUAGCGAUCGUCGGAGGCUUUUCUGGAGGAGGCUAUGUGUGCCGCAACUACCCGAACACCGACCCCACAGCUGGCUGUACUCUCUCUUACGAGUUCUUCCCCUCCAACGGGCGACCACCCACAGAUCUCCCGUUCUUGCACAAAACCAGUGGUCUGAACGCCUAUCCCCACACUUUUUUGAUGAAGUCGGGACUCAUGUUCAUGCAAGCCAACCUGUCGACGAUGCUCUGGGACUACAACGCAAAUACGGAAACUGAUCUGCCCGAUAUGCCAAACAAUGUCGUUCGCGUCUACCCUGCGAGCGGGGCAACGGCCAUGCUUCCGAUGACUCCAGCGAACAACUACCAACAGACGAUCAUCUUCUGCGGUGGGCAGGGCUCCAUGUCGGAUCAGCAGUGGGGAAACUUCGCUUUCCCUUUUGCCAAUCCUUGGGAUAUCCCUGCGUCGGCCGAUUGCCAGCGCAUCACCCCGGAACCUGCUGAUGGAUCUGCACCCGUCUACACGCAGGACGACGACAUGCUGGAGACCCGGACCAUGGGGCAAUUCAUCAUCCUUCCCAACGGCAAGCUCCUGGUUGUCAACGGUGGUCUGAAUGGCACUGCUGGAUACGGCGUGAACACGUCACUUACGCCUACUGAUCAGAUGCCGUUUGCAGAGAGUUUCGCGAGCGGACCCGUAGGAACGCCAGCGCUGUAUGAUCCGACGGCGCCUGCAGGGAAGCGAUGGUCGCGCAGCAACUAUCAGACUUCGAACGUGGCCCGACUGUACCACUCGUCUGCUCUCUUGCUUCCUGACGCGUCCGUUCUCAUCGCUGGCUCGAACCCGAAUCUGGAUGUGAACCUCACUGCGCCGUUCCCCACAACCUAUAUCGCCGAGAGGUUCUAUCCGGAUUACUUCUCUGCCAGCAUCCGGCCGUCUCCUUCCGGUGUCCCCAAGACGCUCAGCUACGGCGGAGCCUCAUUCGAUGUGACGAUCCCUGCCAGCUCAUAUUCCGGAGCUUCGAAUGCCGCGGCUGCCAGCGCCUAUGUUUCGGUUGUCCGCCCAGGUUGGACAACGCACGGAAUGAACAUGGGGCAACGUUACCUGCAGCUGAAUAACACGUACACUGUCCAGUCUGAUGGAACGAUCGUGUUGCAUGUGAGCCAGAUGCCACCGUUCCCUACGAUUUUCCAGCCUGGUCCUGCGUUCGCCUAUGUCUUGGUCAAUGGCGUUCCCAGCAACGGCACCUACGUCAUCGUUGGGUCCGGAAACAUCGAAACCCAACCUGUUGCCGCCGUUGCCGCACUGCCCGCUAGCGUCCUCUCUUCGGCUGCUUCCGGCAGCGCCAGCAGCAGCAACACCGGCACCGGCAGCGGAAGCAGCAACGCGAACAGUACCGCGAAUCCCAGCGACAAGUCGUUCGUCUCGCAGCACAUUGGCAUGAUCGCCGGUAUCGCUGGGGGUGUGGUUGGCGUCGCUUUGUUCAUUCUGCUUGUCUCGCUUUGUCUGCGCCGUCGUCGCCAGAGCCGUAUCAGGGCAUCGAUUGCGGCAUCGAAGGCAGCGCAGGCGGGUCUUGCAGGCGACAGGAUGUCCUCGAACGGACCUUAUGCCGCGGGCCAGCGGGUCUCGACGACGGAAUCGCAGCAGUUCCUGACGGAUCACCGUUCGGAGCAUUCCUGGAGUCAAAACCCGAGCCAGAGCCAGGUUUGGAACCAGAGCAAUGCGAACUUCCCUGCCUACCGGGAUGACGCCGACAUGGAACCCGUGUCUGCGCAUCCGCCGACACAUUACUACAGCCAGAGCAACCAGAGCGACCAGAGCUUUGGUCAGCACCCGGGCUAUGGACAGCAGCCGCCCUACCGGCCACAGCCACCGUACUAGUCGUUCACCCCACUCUCGCUUUCUCUACCCCUCGUUUACUCGGACAAUGAUGUAAUCUUAUUUAGCUAGAUACCAGAAUACAUGCAUAAUCAGGUGCACGACCUCCCUUGUCUAGCCCCAACCAUCCCACCGUCCGAACCGCCGGUACUCUUCCAGCACGCAUUUCCUGCUCUGCUUCUCGCCUUCCUUCUCCUUGCGGGGCGGGCUGUUCCGUGCUUGGGACACAGCCUUGGGCAGCGACAGCCGGUACCACCCGCCCGCGUAUGUCAGCGCCACCAGCUGGUGUUCGACAGCCCCGUCAUCUGGUGUCCUGGGCUGCUCGAUCCAUCCCACGACACAUCGUUCCUCGUCCACCUCUGCCACCGGCGUUCUUAUUGACGUCUGGGACAGCGAGAUAUGUGAGGACUGCACGGGUAUGCUGUAUUGCGCAUAGGACCAUUCGGACUCAAAGUAUUUGGGGAGCGGGAUAAAUGGCUUCAGUGGCGAAAGUGUCGACUGGCGGUUGCUUUGGGUAUCUCACAUCAACACAUCGGCGCACGGAUAGAUGAGCCAGAAACUCACGCGGCACCCGAGACGACGAGAUUAAACACAUGCACGGUGCCCUUGUCGCUCCAAACGCACAGCUCGCGCUCGUCCGGCCGAAAGGCGACACCGAAGAUGUCUGCUUUAUCGGCCCCGCGCCGGAACUCGCGCACAGGCUUGCCCGUGACUGCAUCCCACACCCGGACGAGCGUGCCCCGCGAUGAGGUCGUUGCGAGCAGGCGGCCGGACGGAGGGACAGAUAGCGUUGUCAGCGCGGACUCGUGUGCCGCGAUGAUGGAGAUCGGGUGUUUGCUCGGCGGCGGCGGCGGUUUCCGCGGGGGUGCUGAUGAGGGGGGUCCCAGAGGCGUGGGGGCUAUGCAGGGUGGAAGGUGUAUCAGCUGCACAUGCCCCAGCUUACGUCCCGGGAUCGCAAGCAGCGUGGCGUAAGUGCCGGAAGCGAGCGCGAGCAGACCU